UUCGUAAAAAAAAUUAUUUGAGCGCUUUUGUUUAUAAAUUUUUUCAUGUGGUUAAUACGAAUAGAAAAUUUUAGCUAAAUUUUUAUCUUGAAUUAUGGGUAUCGACGAAGAUGAUGAUGAUGAAUUCUUACCCAAUAUGCUUUCAGAUGAAUCUUGUGAUAUGGAUUUAUCUGAAAAUGAUGAUGACGAUAGUGUUGAACAAGAAAAUUCGGCCAUUAACAAUAAGAAAGUCAAUCGUAAAAAGACUGAAAAGAAGAAAUAUUGUCUUUGUCGAAGUUCUCGUUCGGAUAAAUUCAUGAUAAUGUGUGAUAAAUGUAAUGAAUGGUUCCAUGGAGAAUGUGUUAAGAUCACUCAAUCCGAAGCGAAAAAAAUGAAAGAAUAUUUUUGUUUAAUGUGUCGUUCACAAGCGGUAAAUGCCGAAACAAAUCGUACGUCUAAAAUUGAUGUUCCAUUUGAUAAUGCUGUAAAACAUCGUUUGCAAGAUGAUUAUUCACCUGAUGAUUUCGAGGAUGAUGAUGAUGCAGACUUUCGUUUGUUAAACGAGAAAAAAACUCAUAAAAGAAAAUAUCGGAAAAACGUAUUGAAAGAAAAACCGAAAAAAUCCGAUCAAAAGACAACAAAAAGAGGUCGCAAAAAAGGUCAAAGUACCAAAGGAAAAGGGAAUCGUGGUCGCAAGAAAAGUGUUGUAAAAAAAUCUCAACAUCGACAUAACCGAUCAAAAGUACAUUCAGAUGAAAGUGGUGAUGAAAGUAAAUCAAUUUCACCCCGUCAAUGUUAUGGUCCUGGUUGUAUUUAUGCUGCUCGUAAAGGUUCUAAAUAUUGUAGCGAUCAAUGUGGUAUCAAUCUAGCUGAUAAACGUAUAAUGCUUAUUCUACCUCAACGAAUUAAAGAAUGGCAAUCGGUACCGACAGCUGCAGAUGAACGUUCUAAACGUGAACUCGAAGAAAUUGAAUGUGAAAUAAUUAAAACUCAGGAAAAAAUGAAAGAAAUCCAACAGAAAAGAAUGGAAUUAGAGGAACUACUUUUUCGUGGUAAAAAUUGUGUCCCAUAUACCGAAGAAGAAGAAGCGGCUAUACUUGAAAACGACAAUGAUACGGGUAAUGAUACGAUUGGUUGUGUUACCUGUGCACAAGAAGUAUCCGUCAAAAUGGCAUUAAAACAUAUGGAACGAUGUUUCAAUAAAGUCGAAAGUCAAGCCUCGUUUGGUUCGAAUAGAAGUACAAAUAAUAUUUUAUUUUGUGAAACUUAUAAUCCUAGCAAUAAAACUUAUUGUAAAAGACUUCGUGUGAUUUGUCCGGAACAUACGAAAGAACCAAGAAUUCCUGAUGAUGAACUUUGUGGAUGUCCAUUGCGAUCUGAAGAUAAUCCGUUUGACGAUGAACCAAAUAAUUUUUGUCGUUUAUUACGCAAAAAAUGUAAUCUUCAUUAUGGAUGGGAAAAAGUUCGUCAAGCUGUACUAGAUCUAGAAACAUUGGAACAAAUGUAUAAAAAUGAUGAAUUAAUUAAAAAACAAAAUAAGGUUCGACAAGCGAUGAAUAAUCGUGGUGGUCUUGUUCAUUUAUUAUUACAUCAAACCAAAUACGAAUCGGUCCAAAAUCAUCAUGAUGAAACAAUCAAUGAUAAUAUUAAAAUUGUCGAUUGAUUUGAAUCAUAAAUUCAUUUUGUAAAUAAAUUUCCUAUACAUCAUUCAUUUUUUAUGUUUU